AAUAGAAGUUUACUGUGUGGGUUCGUUGUUUAGAAUUAGGUGGAGAAUGUUCUUUGAGUUCCAUUACGGAAGUGACACUAAGAUUCUGCUGAACAGUCAAUGCUAUGUAAAACAUCUACUGUUCUAUAUCAAACGGAAAGCUGGACUUAAAGAUACUGACCGUCUGGAGCUGUGCACUGCAGAUGGAGUACUAACCAACACAAUAGGACGACAGAACAAGUUUUUCAACGACAUCAGCCCGGCCGCGUGCCGCCAAACGUUACUGGGAGUGAAGAUAGAGGAGACGGCUGAGCACGUGACCUAUACGCCGCUUCUAGAUAACGCUUUCGAGAUAUACCCUAACAUUAGAGAGAGCUUGGUUGCAAACGCGGCGGACUUGGUACGGACGGUAUCACCAGACACCACACUACACUCUACUACACCAAGCCGGAGAUUGGUUCAGAAACACGGGGCUGUUAACCUGGUGUGUGACCAUGACAACGAGCUGACGGACUGCAAGUUGAACUUUAAAAUUGCAGCUUCUGUUUUAUCUAAAGCUACUAAAAAUAAGAUAAAACCUGGCGUUUCUCUUCAAGUCAAACCUAUGGAGAGAAUCAGACGAGGCAGCAACAUGACGUCCGGGGAGGACACUCUGAGGGGACUUGUAACCUUCACUAACAAAUGUGUUCACGUGAGAAAGACUGGGACCACCUCCUCACCCCCCAAGCAACGGCGCAAAUCUGACGUAGUCAAAUAGUCUUAUCAGUGAGUGGUUGAGUGAGUGGUUGAGUGAGUGGUUGAGUGAGUGGUUGAGUGAGUGGUUGAGUGAGUGGUUGAGUGAGUGGUUGAGUGAGUGGUUG